AUGGCCUCUUCUUCUCCUUUGGUUGGUCCACCAGAGAUCCGUGUAGCUCCUGCUCCUGGUCCAAGCAACCCAUUCAUGGACUCAAUGGUUACCUUCUGGUCAAAGUUCAACAAAGCCGGCUCUUUCCCGGCCGUCGUCAACCCUUCUCCUCCUCCUCAGAUGGGCCGGACCGAGAACGGAUCCGCCACGUACCUAUCCUCCGGUAAUCCCUGCCUCGAAUUCUUUUUCCACGUUGUUCCAGACACUCCUAAGCUCUCUCUGGAGCAGAGGCUCGUUGUGGCUUGGAACCAUGAUGCUUUGACGACUCUCAAGCUCCUAUGUAACCUUCGUGGAGUCCGUGGUACUGGGAAGUCCGACAAGGAAGGGUUUUACACGGCUGCGUUGUGGCUCCACCGUUACCAUCCCAAAACCCUAGCUUGUAACCUCGAGUCCCUCUCCAAGUUUGGCUACUUCAAGGACUUCCCGGAGCUUCUUUACCGGAUUCUUCAAGGCUCUGAUGUCCGUCAGAUCCAGAAGUCUGAAUGGAGCAAGAGGAAAGGUGGACUCUCUCGCUCUAGAGGAAGAGGAAGAAGAGCUCCUUUCUCCCGUGACACGUCAAGAUCCUCUUCUCGUGGUCGUGGUGGUCGUGGAAGCGGUCGUGGCGGUCGUGGGCCACGUUUUACGAGGCCGGCGGCUACAAGGGAGCAAAGGGUAGCGAAGGCAGAGAAGAGAAACCAAGCGGAGAAGGCAAGAGCGAGUUUAGAUCGGAAGGCAGAGAAGAUAACAAUGGCGAAGAACGCAUUCGCCAAGUAUUCUCAAGAUCAAAACUACCGCUACCUCCACGAACGAGUGGCCGAUCUGUUCGCUGAUUACUUGAAGAGAGACAUGGAGGCGUUGGCUUGCGGCGAGACAAACAAGAUAUCUCUGGCGGCUAAAUGGUGUCCAUCUCUUGACUCAUCGUUCGACAAGGCAACACUCCUCUGUGAGAGCAUCGCUAGGAGAAUGUUUCCACGUGAGUCUUUCCCUGAGUACGAGGGCGUGGAAGAAGGUCACUACGCGUACAGAGUCCGUGACCGGCUUCGGAAGGAAGUUCUUGUUCCUCUGAGGAAGAAUCUCCAACUCCCUGAGGUGUACAUGGGAGCGAGUGACUGGGAGUCUCUUCCUUACAAUCGCGUAGCUUCGGUGGCCAUGAAAACGUACAAGGAGUUCUUCUUGAAGCACGACCAAGAGAGGUUUCAGAAGUUUUUGGAAGACGCGAGAGCAGGGAAGACCAAGGUAGCUGCUGGAGCUGUGUUGCCGCACGAGAUAAUCCGUGACUUGGACGGUGAAGAUGGUGGACAAGUCGCUGAGCUGCAGUGGCAACGAAUGGUGGAUGAUCUGAAGACGAAAGGGUCUUUAACAAACUGCAUUGCUGUCUCUGACGUUUCAGGAUCCAUGAUUGGUGAUCCAAUGGAGGUCUCAGUUGCUUUAGGGUUGCUUGUGUCUGAGUUAUCUGAAGAGCCAUGGAAAGGCAAGAUGAUCACAUUCAGCAAAAACCCUGAGUUGCAAUUUGUGACAGGAAAUGACUUGAGGUCCAAGACAUCGUUUGUGAGGAGGAUGCAGUGGAACAUGAACACUGAUUUUCAGAAGGUGUUUGACUUGAUCCUAAGGGUCGCUGUAGAAGGGAGAUUGAAGCCUGUAGAUAUGAUCAAGAGGAUUUUUGUGUUUAGCGAUAUGGAGUUUGACCAGGCUUCUUGCUCUGGAAGGAACGGAUGGGAAACGGAUUAUGAGAGGAUUGUGAGGAAGUAUACAGAGAAAGGGUAUGGAGAAGUUGUGCCAGAGAUAGUGUUUUGGAAUCUGAGAGACUCGGUGGCGACUCCGGUCAUGGGAAAUAAGAAAGGAGUGGCGUUGGUUAGUGGGUUUUCGAAGAAUCUGAUCAAAGUGUUUUUGGACCGUGACGGAGAGAUUGAUCCGGUGACGAUUAUGGAACAAGUCAUAUCUGGCGAAGAGUAUAGUAAGCUUGUUGUAAUUGAUUGA